AUGCCUUUGGCUAAUGCCACGGAUCCUUGGCGAAUGCAAAAUGUUGGAGAUGUCUCGCGUGGCAUCGCCUCACAAGCAGCUAACUGUCUUCCAAUGGUUGUCGAAAACUCAGGGUCCCGACAGACCUCCACAACAGAGAGUCUCGAAUCAACUGUGUCAAAUGCUAGUGAUCUGAGUUUUGAAAGAGAAGUUGAAUUGCAAGAUGUAGUAAAAGAAGGUCAUGAGAAGGCAGAUCCAUCGCAGUUUGAACUACUGAAAGUUCUGGGUGAGGGGUCAUUUGGGAAAGUGUUUUUAGUGCGGAAAGUUAGUGGUCCUGAUGCUGGUACAUUAUAUGCUAUGAAGGUUCUUAAAAAGGCAACCUUAAAAGUAAGAGAUCGCGAACGCACAAAAAUGGAAAGGAACAUUCUUGUAGAAAUGGGACAUCCAUUUAUAGUUAAACUACAUUAUGCAUUUCAAACUGCAGGAAAACUAUAUUUAAUACUAGAUUUUUUAAGAGGCGGUGAUCUCUUUUCAAGGCUUAGUAAAGAGGUAAUGUUUACGGAAGAGGAUGUGAAAUUCUAUUUAGCUGAAUUAGCAUUAGCAUUAGAACAUGUGCACAAAUUGGGGAUAAUAUACAGGGAUCUCAAGCCUGAGAAUAUUUUGUUAGACGCUGAUGGACACAUAGCUCUCACCGAUUUUGGUUUGUCUAAGCUACCACCGAGUAGUGACAAAGCUUAUAGUUUUUGUGGCACAGUUGAGUAUAUGGCACCCGAAGUAGUUAACAGAAAGGGGCACACAUUUGCUGCAGAUUGGUGGUCUUUUGGAGUGCUCAUGUUUGAAAUGUUGACUGGCAACCUACCCUUCCAUGGAGCCACCAGGCAUGAAACAAUGACUCAAAUACUGAAAGCUAAGCUCGGAAUGCCAGCUAACCUCAGCGAAGAGGCUCAGUCCUUGCUGAGGGCUCUGUUUAAAAGGAACCCACAGAACAGAUUAGGCGCUGGCCCUAAUGGCAUUGAAGAUAUUAAGAAGCAUGAAUUCUUCGCGAAUAUAGACUGGGAUGGGUUACUAAAAAAGGAGGUUAUCCCGCCAUUCCGACCAGCUGUGGCUCGGGCUGACGAUGCGUACUAUUUUGAUUCUGAGUUUACGUGUCGAACUCCACGAGACUCCCCCGGAGUGCCAGCAUCCGCUAACGCCCAUGAACUCUUUCGAGGAUUCAGUUUUGUAGCCCCGUGCCUGCUCAACGAUGAUAACAACAAAACGGUCACAAAUGAAAACCAAAAUCACGCCGUGCAAACCAAGACAUCUACUGAAGAGUUUUGGGCUGGCUUUGUCAAUAGAAAUAACUUUUUUGACGAAUACCGACUAAUGGGUGAGCUAGGUACCGGAUCAUUUUCCGUUGUUCGCCUCUGUGAGCACAAAACAUCAAGAACGCAAUAUGCUGUGAAAAUCAUGGAUAAGUUACAAUAUGACCCGCGAGAGGAAAUCGAAAUAUUACUCAGAUAUAGCCAACACCCUCACAUAAUAACUCUUCGGGGCGUAUACGAAGAGGGCGGUCGCAUCUUAGCGGUAACAGAGCUUUGUCGUGGUGGAGAACUUUUAGAACACAUUACACAGCGCCGUUAUCUGCCUGAAAGGGAAGCGGCUCCAAUCCUGCGCAACGUUCUGCAUGCUGUGCACUAUUUGCAUUCUCACACGACAGUUCACAGGGACAUAAAACCCUCAAAUAUUUUAUUUGCAACCGCCAACAAGCGCCCUGAAGAUAUACGUCUUGUGGACUUCGGUCUCGCCAAGCAACUACGCGCUGAAAAUGGUCUUCUCAUGACCCCCUGCUAUACGGCUAACUUUGUCGCUCCGGAAGUCCUCAAACGCGCCGGAUACGAUGCAGCCUGUGAUAUAUGGAGUUUAGGUGUUUUGGCGUAUAUAAUGUUAUCAGGGAGGACACCCUUCGCUACGACGGGCGAUGACACGCCGGAAGCAAUCCUCGCUAGGAUCGAAUCUGGAAAGGUGGAAGUAUCCGGAGGGGCGUGGCGUUACGUGUCCAAUGAGGCACGCAAUUGCGUCCGACGUAUGCUCCAAUUGGAACCGUCGCUUCGUCCUCGUGCUGCGGAGCUGCUUCGCGAGUCGUGGCUCACUCGCCCUGGUCCUGGCCCUGCAACUGACCCACCCACACCAGACGACACACCGCCGGCUGCUGAUCUACGGCGUGCAGUCGACCUUACUUUCCAGGCGAUGACGUCAGCGCCCUUAACGCCUCACGUCCUUGGUCCCGUUUCUCAGUCGACUCUUGCGCAGCGCCGCAUCAAGCCACAACGAACUUUCUCUCCAACACAAUUGUAA